CGGCGGACUGGCCCCAUUUUCACGAAGAAGAAGGACGGCCAUAUGGUGUGUGACGUAAUUUCUUCCUCAUUGCCUCCAUCUUUCACUACCGCAUGCUUCUGUGGACAUUUGAUCAGGUGGCAACAUGAAUCAAGAGAAACUGGCAAAACUUCAAGCCCAGGUGCGGAUAGGUGGAAAGGGCUCGGCACGCAGGAAGAAGAAGGUGGUGCACAGAACGGCCACAGCCGAUGACAAAAAACUUCAGAGCUCGCUAAAGAAACUGGCUGUCAACAAUAUUGCGGGAAUUGAGGAGGUGAACAUGAUCAAGGAUGACGGAACCGUGAUCCACUUCAACAACCCCAAAGUGCAGGCUUCUCUCUCCGCCAACACCUUCGCCAUCACUGGCCACGCUGAGACCAAGCAGCUGACAGAGAUGCUGCCCGGCAUCCUCAGCCAGCUGGGGGCCGACAGCCUCACCAGCCUGCGCAAACUGGCAGAACAGUUCCCUCGGCAAGCUCUUGACAGUAAGGCUCCAAAGGCAGAGGACAUUGAGGAAGAGGAUGACGACGUUCCAGAUCUGGUGGAGAACUUCGACGAGGCGUCGAAGAACGAGGCGAACUGACGCACAUCAGGCUCACGCGCACAUGGACUGGACUGCGACGAAGCGAGCAACCUUAUUCGGUGUUUUAACUCUAGUUAUCCAGACAUAUCAGACACUAUCCCCGCGAACCAGAGACUUUUCUAUUUUCUGAUGGCCCAAGGGAAGUCCCUGUCAGACUGGCUUGUGCACUUAAAAAAAAUACUCUCUGCUAUUGAUCAACGGUUAAGUCCCUUCAACCACAUUGUCAGUCAUGGUCAGGAUUACAGUGGUCAUUAAAGCUAGUCUUAAGAUUUUUUUUUUGUUUAUGAAACAAAAUAAAGCCGAUAAACAUUUUCUA